CACAUUUUUGGCUUUAUGACCUAUAGUCAGGUCAGCCCCAGCCCAGCCAGCUGUAAUAGCCUGUCAUUUGAUCUGCUGCGUUUCAUUUAUCUUAAAAUGGGGUUAACAUGCUUAUUAACAUUUUUAGGGGAUACCAAAGAUCUGUGCACCACAUGGAUAACCUUAUUUGUGUCAACUAAGAGUUAUCUCUUUUUUUUUUUAUUUUUGCUAAAGUACAUCUACACCGAUAGCCGUUUUAUUUACCAUCCAUACGCUUUUACAUACAUUCUUUUUUUUUUCACGGAGGGACCGGCUACACGACGGAAAUAAUAAUAAAUAAUCAUUUUAAUAAUAUGUACACUGCACAGACGGAUUUCAUUAUUUUCUUGUCAGCAGACAAUAGAUAAGAUGUGUGAUAUAUCCCUUAUUUAGAUUACUAACAAGAGAAAAGCCUGUGUUGGAUUGAUCUAAGUGGCUCCAACAAAAGAUGCCACACACACACUGAACUCCAUAAGAAAGAAUCGGGAAUGUUCCACGCAUAUGAUGAGACACUUUUGGGGAG